CGAGGAUUGAUGGGAGUUGAGAAGGGAGGUCUUUCACAGCAGGUCGUUUCCUUGGUACCAGAAACGAAUUAAAAACAACGAGAACUGCACGCGAAAAGCCGAGAAAACCUGCACACAGCAACAAGACACCCCGAAGACCAGGCACACACCCCCCUUGAAGCUUUCUUUGUCCACCCGCUGGCAUAUUGUCGCCGUCUCGUUCUGCUCACAGCGCGACUCUCUGUCUUCGACUCUGCAAGCCUUCCUUUUGAAAGUUCGACACCUUCUGACCUGUCGCCGGUCUUCAAGAAACUUUGCUUUUUCUUUUGUUGCUGCACCUUUUCCCUGGAAGCAGGGACGUUCUGCCAUCUCAGGCGUUUCAAGUUGACAGUUCGGCGGGCCGCCAACUCUACACACGACGAAGCAGUUGCCGGUCUCGGCGCUCAGUUUUUCUUCAGUUUUUAUUCCGAGAAAACGUCUCUCAUCACAAUGCCUGCGGUCUAUUGCCAAGCUCUUCCGGCGACGCACCUCGCUGAGCAGGUGGGGAAGACCGUCGGCGUCACUGGCCGGGUCAAGCAACUCGAGGACGGAUACGCAGUUCUCCAGACUUCCGACGGAGCAGAGGUCAAGUGUCAGUUGGCUACAGAUCUGCCUCCUUGCAAGUUCCUCACAGUAACGGGAGAAGUGCAGGAAAACCUCACGCUUCUCCAGCGUGGAAAUCAUGUUCUUAUUCCUCUGGGAGAUGAACUCGAUGUCGGCCUGGCGCGAGACGUAGCGUUCCUGACGAAGCAUCCGCUCUUCUCUUCCCUCUUCACCCCCGCUUGAAGACAAAAGUAGCAUUUCGAAUGAGAAGCUGCUUUUAGAAAGAAACAUGUUAAAGUGGAUUGUCUCUUUUCUCCCCCUCUUGUUCUUCUUCUGUUUCUUCCUGCGUUCAACGCUGUAGGGUCCCAUGUCUGUAGGAUCUCUCUCUGCAUUCGUCGAACAGGCCUCUCUCUGAAAGGGCAGUGUCGGACUGUUGCUUUUCUUUUUGUUUCCUUCUUUUCUUUCUCUCGGUGUUCUCGCUCCGUGUCUCUCCGUGGUCUUCGCCUCUCUCUGUUGAAGACAGAACGAAAAGCCUAAAGUCUGGACUGAAGUAAUUCAAAAGAAAAGGUCGGCGAAGCUUACAAAGAAACACUCAAAGGCAUGCAACUGACUCUCAGAGUCGUUUACACUUUCCACCAUUCAGUCUCGAACAGUCUUGCUGCACAUAAAAACCUAAAUAGAGGUAGGUCUUUCGCUCUCGGUGACUGC